AUGGGAGACGCGCCGAUCUACGCUCGUGUAACGAAUACCCUGUACUCUUUCUUGCCCCUCGUGGCGUUCUGCCGUUGGGUGCUGACCCUGCUGGCCAACCGCGCAGUCGACAACAACUACAAGAAGCGUGACGAGAAGCGGUGGUGUGGGUUAUCUGGGGUCGAGCCCGUCAUUGCGGUGGAGGUGGAAGUAAUUAGCGAGUUCCAAGGUACGGCCAUUGCCGAGGUGAACCGUCGUCGCGGUCUCAUUAACAGCAGCGAUGCCGAUGACAUGCACACGGUCAUUAAGUGCGACGUACCCCUGCAAAACAUGUUUGGUUUCUCGACGGAUUUGCGGUCAUCCACUCAGGGCAAGGGCGAGUUCACGAUGGAGUACAAGACACAUGGCAUUGUCAUGCGUGACAUGCAGGAGAAGCUGAUGAGCGAGCACAAAAGGCGCAAGCGGCCAAGAACAAGUAGAUGUCCGGGUGCUUGGAUUUUGCUCGCUACGACAUGUGCAUAG